AUGCAGAUUACUUCCCUUCUUGCUGCCCUACUGUUGGCUGCUCCAGCAAUCGUCGUAGCUGCACCUGUGGCCAACGACAAUGCUGUCAGUGCCGUCGCUGAUGUCUUCGCUCGCGACAAUCCCACCUGCAACCCCGUGUUCUCCAAGGACGCCAAGGUGAAGGAGGAACAGGAAAAGCAAUUGCAAAAAAUGAAGGACCUGACCAAGGAGUACCAUGCUGCUGAGAAGAAAUGCCCUAGUAACGCAAUUACCACUUUCACCAAGAAGGGAGGAGACAAGAAUGCUAAGGAAGUACUUAAGAAGAAGUGUAUUGCUGGAUACACCGAGUGCGCACUAAAACGUCAGGAGGCUAACAAGGCGUGUGUUGCUGCUGGCGGACAGAGUGAUGAAGGUCAUAAGCAAGCUGUCCAAUUCUGCAAGGCUAAGGCUAGUGAGUGGCGUGCAAGGAAGAUUGUCUGA